AUGGGUUUGCCUGCGCAAUCGAAACCCUUAAUUAAAGCCGGGAAGAAAAGAUGUAGAGGAGACGAGGCAGACACUGGGCCAGCACAGCAUGCACUUCCCACAGCGCCAGGGGCAGCAGCUGAUGAGGGGGGUAUCGAGAAGAGGAAACGCAAGAGAACGAAGCAAAUUGUUGAAGACCCGAAAGAUGCAGACAAGAAGGAUGGAAUAGAUGAGUCUAUUGGCAAGAUGGACGGGCCUCUCCUAGCGGAUUUCUUCGCACAACAAGCCAAAAGGCACAACAGCGAAUUGACCGCCAUCGAAUUGGACGAUGUCUAUGUACCAGAACAGGCGUUUCUCGAUACGACUUCAUGGAAGUCACCAAGAAAGUUAGAAAAUCUGCCCGCGUUUUUGAAGGUUUAUAGCAGGAAGAAAGGAAGCCCCGACUCCCUUUCAACUGCCCCUAAAGAAAACGGCAGUCCGCAUACAAUAGUGAUCACGCUCGCGGGCCUCAGGGCGGCAGAUAUUACGAGAGCGCUUCGGCAAUUCCAAAACAAAGACUGUGCAGUGGCGAAAUUAUUCGCGAAACAUAUCAAGCUGGCUGAAGCCAAGGAGUUUGUGAAAAAAACAAGAGUUGGUAUUGGGAUCGGGACCCCUGUGCGAUUGAACGAUUUGGCUACCUCUGGCGAGUUAAGUCUCAAACAACUCCAACGGAUUGUCAUCGAUGGCUCAUACGUUGACCAGAAGAAGCGGGGCAUAUUCGACAUGAAAGAUUUACAUUUACCUCUUCUUCAAUUUCUCAACCGCGCAGAUCUACGCGACCGGUACACUUCUUGCGAGAGCCAUGUCGAAAUCCUGGUUUUCUGAAGCGAUAUGAUUUCGUAUCUUUCCUACCGUCAGGCCGCGGUAGGGUUGCAGCCUGAAUUUCAAUUUUGCAAUCUCGAGAUUUUAGUGCACAAUUCUCCUGUAUAUGGUGUCUUCACCUUUUGGAAUCAUCCAAUAUCCUGCCCAGGCUCCCACGGCAACUGGGUAUCCGUCUUAACUUGUUGUGGGAACACCAGAGCCGAUUCGAUGGGGUACCAAAAAUUAAACCGGCCGUCUGGCGGGCAGGACUUUUAUUGACGGCCACCAUGGUGUGGAAUGGGAGAAAUAACAUAGAAAGCUGAAGCUGAAGAGAGCAGUUGCAUUAUCCAAGUACUGGAAGAAAAUCAAACGACCCGGGGUGGCCUCAUGAUAUCCGUGUUCAUCAGAAUCCUUCGCAAUUAUCGUAUGAGCUGUUGACGGUGUAAAGAGUAAGGGCUGGAUUACGGACGUAUGGCUGGUUCGCUGGGGCGUAUGUGAGCUAUUGCUAUAGAGACUGUAGUCGCCAUGCCAUAGUCAAUUCAAAAUUUUCCUACGUGGACUUUUCAUAGCGAG